AUGUCUAUUGCAAAUUGUACCGAAGAAGACGACGCUUAUCCUCUCCACGAGUGUGUAUUUCUUGGUGAUGUCCGCAAACUGUCUUCGUUAUUAAGAAACAAUGAUGUUGCUCGCAAAGACACACACGGUAACACGGCUCUGCACCUAGCCGUCAUGCUAGGUCGUAAAGAAUGCGUCCAACUGUUGAUCGCGCAUGGUGCACCAGUCAAAGUUAAGAACCUCGCCGGGUGGUCGCCUCUGGCUGAAGCUAUCAGCUAUGGCGACCGACAGACAAUAUCAUCUUUGGUUCGCAAGUUAAAACAGCAAGCUCGAGAACAAAUGGAGCUUAGAAGACCAGACCUUAUUCGGGCUCUUGCUCAGAUACAAGACUUUUAUAUGGAGCUAAAAUGGGAUUUCCAUUCAUGGGUACCUUUGGUUUCCCGAAUAUUACCCUCAGAUGUAUGCAAAAUAUAUAAAUCCGGUUCUGGAAUAAGACUUGAUACAACAUUAGUUGACUUUACUGAUAUGAAAUGGGAAAGAGGAGAUAUUUCUUUCAUAUUCCAAGGUGAAAAACCACCAAGUGAAUCUCUCACUGUAUUAGAUAAUAAAGCUAAAGUGUACCAAAGAGUGCGGUAUGAAGAAACUGAAACUGAAAUAGAAGAUGAGGUAGAUAUCCUCAUGUCAAGUGACAUUUUGGCUGCUCAAAUGUCCACAAAGGGUAUUUCAUUUACAAGAGCCCAAUCUGGUUGGAUAUUUCGUGAAGAUCGUAAAGAAACUGUAGCUGGCUUAUAUAAAAGUGAUAUUUAUACAAUCACUGGUCUAGUGUUAGAGUCACGUAAAAGGCGAGAGCAUUUGUCGACUGAUGAUUUACAGAAAAACAAAGCUAUUAUUGAAAGUUUAACAAAAGGGAACACACAAAAUUUAGACACGAAUGGUGAGCAAACUCGCAGAGCAUCACUAAAUCCCCCUCCUGAGAGCUGUGUAGACUACAAAGCUUACAUAUCAGCACCUCCUGGGCAAUAUCCGAGUCUGGGAAGAGAACUUGUAUAUAAAGAAUCAUCUAGAAAUUUCCGAGCCACUAUUGCUAUGAGCGAUGAUUUCCCUCUCAGUGUAGAAAUGCUAUUAAAUGUACUUGAAGUGAUUGCACCAUUUAAACAUUUUGCUAAACUAAGACAGUUUGUUGCAAUGAAGUUACCCUCAGGAUUUCCUGUGAAAAUAGACAUCCCCAUUUUGCCCACAGUGACAGCAAAAAUAACAUUUCAGAAGUUUGAUUUUCGUGAUGAUAUUUCACCUGAUCUAUUCAUUAUUCCAGAAGAAUAUGUAGAGGAUCCACUCAGAUUCCCUGACUUAUGA